CCACAUCGUUUGUCCUCAUUCAAAUCAACAAAACCCACUUCAAGAACUCCCCCAAUUUUUCAAAUUUCCAACUUUUAAAAACCCUAAAUUUUCAAUUAAAAAAAAUUCCGAUUCUUUUCAAAUCUUUACACAAAUGUUUCAAUCACAACACAGAGUAACAAGAUCCCCAUUAUCAAUAACCCCAAGAACCGACACCCACAAAAAACUAAACUUGACCCGACCCGUAACUGGGAAGGGCAAGGCAGUGGCUUUUUCCGACGACCCACCUCCGCCACCGCCGUUGGGGUUGUUGAAUGAGGAUGCGCCGCCGCCGGACGGUGGUGAUAUGAAUGACUGGAGAAUGUUUAAAGAAGCUGGUUUUUUAGAUGAAGCUGUUAUGGAAAAGAAAGAUCAUGAAGCAUUGGUUGAAAAGAUUGCCAGGCUUGAAAAAGAGCUAUAUGAUUAUCAGUAUAAUAUGGGGCUCUUAUUGAUGGAGAAUAAGAAGUUGACUGAAACCACCGAGAAGCUUAGAGAGGCGUUGGCUGAGAAACAAGAAAUCAUUAAACGUGAGGAGGCUGCUCAUUUGAUGGCUGUAUCUGAAGUUGAAAAAAGAGCAGAUAACUUGAGGAAAGCUUUAGAAUACGAGAAACGUUGUCAGGCUGAUCUUGAGAAGGCGUUACGUGAAAUUGAUGAAGAAAAUAAACAAAUUAAACUUAGUUCGCAAACUAGUUUGGCUGAUGCAAACACUUUAGUGGCGGAAAUAGGGGAUAAAGCUAGAGAGGUGGAAGAAAAGAUGCGUCAAGCUGAUGCAAAACUUGCCGAGGCAAACAAAAAAGGGCUGGAAGUGGAGAGGAGAAUGCAAGAGCUAGAGACUCAUGAAAGCUUGUUGCAGAGCGAACGCCAAACCUUUAUUGCAGGGCAAGAAGCAUGGAAAGAUACCUAUUCCAAGCAUAAAAAAGAUCUGGUGGAGUGGGAAAACAAAUUGCAAGAUGGUGAAGAGAGGCUAUGCGAAGGCCGUAGGAUUAUCAAUAUGAGGGAGGAAAAGAUCAAUGAAAUUGAGAGAUUGGUUAAACAGAAACAGAAAGAACUUGAGGAAGCACAUAAUAAGAUCGACUCUAGCAUUUUAGAUUCAAAGAAGAAAGAAGACGAUAUAAACAAGAGAUUAAUGGAGUUAAUUGCAAAAGAAGAACAAGCGGAGUCAGUUACAAAGAACCUUGAGAUUAAGGAAAAGAAACUGCUUGAUUUGACUCAGAAGUUGACCAAAAAGGAAAAAGUGGAGAUCCAGAAGCUUUUAGAUGCGCAUAAAGAUGCCCUGGAUUGUAAACGUCGUGAGUUUGAUCUAGAAAUGGAAGAAAAGAGGAAAUCCAUUGAAAAUGAAAUGAGAAACAAGGUGGAAGCCGUUGAGCACAGAAUGGAUGAAAUAAAUCACAAGGAGGAAAAAUUAAGAAAGCAAGAGCAAGCUCUUGAUAAGAAGUCGGAAAGAUUCAGUGAAAAAGAAAAGGAGAUUGACUUAAAGUCAAAGGCUCUGAAAGAAAAAGAAAAAUCUUAUCAAGCAGAGGCAAAAAGUUUGGAAACAGACAAAAAACAAUUACUUGCCGAGAUAGAAAGAUGGGAAGAUCUGAAAGCUAAUGCUGAAAAAAUCAGGGAUGAGAUCACUCAAAAGGAGCUACGUGUCCAUGAAGAUAUUGAAAAGCUCAAAAUUACAGAAGAUGAAAGAACAAAUUAUUCUCGUUUACAGUUGGAGCUGAAAAAUGAAAUAGAAAAGUGCAGAGCUCAGAAGGAGUUGAUUAUGAAGGAAAUUGAUGAUUUAAAGACAGAUAGAUUGAAAUUUGAACAGGAAUGGGAGGCUUUAGACGAGAAAAAAUCUGUCAUCACUAAAGAAAUACGGGAAUUUAGUGAAGAAAGAGAAAGCUGGGAAAAACAACGGGUUUUUGUAGAAGAGAAACUGGAAAAAAUGAAAAGUUCUACAAAAGAGUACGUUGACAGGGAACUGAAUGGUGUGCAGAUAGAGAAAGAAACAUUUGCUGCUACAAUGAAGCAUGAAGAAUCCCUUUUAAUUGAAAAAUAUGAAAACGAGCAUCGACAAUUUCUUCAUGAUUUUGAGCAAAGAAAGAGAGAUCAUGAGGUGGAUUUGCAGAAGAAACGAACAGAAUUAGAGCAAAAUAUGCAGGAAAAAGAGAGAGCAUUUGAGGAGUUACGGGGAAAAGAACUUAGAGAUAUUGGUUACUUAAAGGAAGUUACCAGAAAAGAUCUGGAAGAAGUGAAAUUAGAAAGAAGUAGAAUUGAUAAAGUGAAGAACGAGAUUGCUGUGAACAGUCAAAGAUUAGAAGAAAAUCAGCUCGAGUUGCGAAAAGACAUCGACCUUCUUGGUGUUCUUAGCAAGAAGAUAAAUUCCCAAAGGGAAGAAUUUACAAAGGAGAGAAAUCGUUUUCUUGAAUUUGUUGAGAAACUGAAGAAUUGUGGAAACUGUGGGGAGGUCACGAGAAGCUACCAGCUUUCUGAUCUUCAUAUACCGGGGGUUAAAGAUGACUCUUCUCUUCCAAGGACUGUAAAUGAAGUUAAUGAAAAGUCAGAGAGCAUCCUUGCGACCAAUUUGAAAUCUCCUAGCUCUGGGGGACUUGCAUCGUGGCUCAAGAAAAGUGUGUCCACAUUCAAGCUGACCCCACACAGGGAAAUGGGCCAUAAACAUAAUGAUAUCCCAGAAUCAUCCCUGCCCAUUGACCUGUCAAAUGUGCCAGCUGGUCCACGGGUUGAUAUUCAUGCUCAAAAGGAACCGUCUGAGGUUGCAAAGAGUCAAACGUUGCCAUUAGCUUCUGAUGAUCAGAGUUACAUGGGAAGCAAGAAUCUUGAUGUUCCAGAAAGUUCUCAGCAAUCAGAGAUGAGAAGUAGCAGGCGAACAUAUGUAAGAAAACCAAAAGUAGGUGCUCGUAAAAGUCAUACAGUUCUGGCAGUGUCUGAAGAUGGUAUUGUUAAUGGCAAUCCUGAAAGUCCCCAAGCUUCUAGCUACGCUGAGAAAAGAGCAGGCCCUGCUACAAGGAAACGAGCUCAUGCCGAAACUUCUAUUGUGAGUGGAAGUGAAAUUGAUGGUGGUGAUAGUGAAGUCCAGUCUGUAAGUAUAACAACAGUUGGGAGGAGGAAAAGGCGACAAACAGUUGCUCCGCCAGUGGAAACUCCUGGAGUAAGUCGAUAUAAUCUCAGACGACCCAAGACUGGAGAUGUCAUUUCGCGGCCUCAAGCUUCUACCGGUAAUAGAGGAAAGAACUUAAAGAAGGAAAUUUCUGGUGCAAAUGAUGCAACACAAAAGCGUGAGAUUGCUUCUGCCUUGGAUACACAAUUUGGUAGUGAGGAUGGGAGUACGGCUCUGGUACAUGUCUCAACGAGCAAAACAGUCGAGACUCAGAUAUUAGAUACAACUUUCAAAACACCAGGUGAUGUUGCAGGCAGCAGUGCUGCCAUCAAAGUUGUUAAAAAUACGGAAAUAGUUGAGGAAGUUACCGUUACCCCCGAGUCUCAGAAGUCUAACAAUGAAGAAUCAGAUGACAACAGUGAUAAUCUUGAUGAUGAGAGUGAAGAAGAUGACGGUAGUGAUGGUGAUGGAGACGCGCCACAUCCUGGUGAAGUGUCCAUUGGCAAGAAAUUAUGGACUUUCUUGUCGACGUGAUCAGAGCAUCAUUUUUUUUAUUCCUGGCAGAGUUUUGUAUAAUGUUGUUCCUGCUCUUUGUUUCAACAUAUCCAUGUACUGUCAUUUUAGACUGUAGAACAACUUCUGUUCAUAUUGAUGUUGCAGGUUAGUAUGUUUUGUAGCUUAUGUUCAAUUGUUUCUGUUUACAUUCGGAUCUCACUUAUACAUCGAUUUAAUAAUAUUCAGAUUGUGAGUUCUUGAACCAA